AUGGCCUCCAGGGCUGGCGGCGGCGAGCCGUCGGGGUCCGCCUCGGCCAUCCUCGCCGACACCGCGAGCGGGUACCACAUCCUCAGGAUCGACGCCUACUCCCGCACCAUGGCGACUCCCAUAGGGAAGUACCUCGAGUCCCUCCCGUUCACCGUGGGUGGCCAUCGCUGGCGCAUUCGUUACUACCCCAACGGCGAUGACCAGGAGGCCAAAGAUUACAUCUCGCUUUUCGUAAAGCUCGAUGAAAGCGUCACCAAUGCAGUAACUGCGCAAUUCAAGUUCCGUUUCAUUGGCAACGUGGGGCAGGAGGCGUUGACACUGGGGGGACUGCGCAACUUCGAUAGUAAGGGUGCCGACGUGGUGUUCGACGUUGCCGGUCAGACGUUCGCUGCACACCGGUGCGUGCUCGCAGCCCGGUCACCUGUCUUCAGCGCAGAGCUCUUCGGUGUGAUGAAAGAGAGCGACACCGGAGGUGUGGUGCGCAUAGAUGACAUGGAGGCUCAGGUGUUCAAGGCUUUGCUCUACUUCAUUUACACCGACUUAUUCCCGAACGCGGCGGAAGAAGAUGAAGAUGUUUUGGCUCAGCAUCUACUGGUCGCUGCUGACAGAUACAACUUGGAGAGGCUGAAACUGUUAUGUGAACAGAAGUUGCGUGAGUACAUUGAUGUGGGUACUGUGGCAACCAUCCUGGCUCUAGCUGAGCAACACCACUGCCAUGGACUCAAGAAGGUGUGCUUCCAUUUUCUCAGCUCGCCUGCAAAUCUGAAGGCAGUGGUGGCCAGCGAUGGCUUUAAGCAUCUAAGCAGCAGCUGUCCCUCUCUUAUGCAGGAGUUGAUUGGCAUGCUAGCUAAUUAGUUCUGUGAUGCCUAAUUUCUUAGCAAUUGCGGGUGAUGUUUUCAGGACUUCUGUCGUCAAGUAGUUUGGCAAUGCUAGUGGGACUUGCAGCUGUAUACCCAAAGUUUCAAGAAGAUUCUAAGUAGUUUCAUCUGUUAGCACUUUGGUCAGUUGAUUGCUUCUGUGCAACUCUACCAAUUAAUACCGGAUGAUUUUGUUGUCUUCUAACUUUGAAUCUCCACUGGAAGUUCAUCUA